GAGAGUAAAGAGUGAAUAAAGAAGGAGGGAUAGUGAUAGAGUAAAGAAGGAGGUAUAGAGUGAGAGAGAUAGUGAAUGAUAGAGAGAGUGAGAGAGAGUUAAGAAGGAGAGCACAGCAUUCCCUGCUCCCUCUCCAGGUUCCUCUCCUGCCAGCCCCAGCCUGAGCUCAGACCAUGGAUAUCAAGGAGGGGGACGUGGUGGGCAGGGGGACCUCUGCCAGUGGGGUCGUGGUGCAGGUCAGAGAGAAGAAGGGGCCCCUGAGAGCGGCCAUCCCCUACAUGCCAUUCCCUGUGGCUGUGAUCUGCCUGUUCCUCAAUACCUUCGUGCCAGGGCUGGGGACAUUCGUGUCGGCUUUCACCGUACUCUGCGGAGCCAGAACGGACCUCCCUGACCGGCACAUGUGCUGCGUUUUCUGGCUGAACAUUGCCGCAGCUCUCAUCCAGAUCCUCACGGCAAUCGUAAUGGUGGGGUGGAUAAUGAGCAUAUUUUGGGGAAUGGACAUGGUCAUUCUGGCAAGAUACAAGGAUCAAGGAAUUCCACAGCAGUUGUAAUGCUUCGAAGGGCUUCUUGGACUCUUAACCACUGUAUCCACAGCUUCAAAUUCCUAUGGGAAGUUGAUUUAUAUAAAGAAUAAAGCACAGACACCUAUAGAUCGCACACAUCCAGUGAUGCAUAGACCAUUGGACUUGAGAUGAUUUUUUUCUGGGGCUCCCAUUCCUAAAAUAAGGUAGAAUAUCAAACCUGCCUUCUGCAAUUUAUUCAACAUCUCACAAUAUUGAAAUAUAGAUUUUUUUGUCAGUUAUUUCCUUUUCAGUCACUUUGAUGGAGGGAUUAAAGAUUGACCUUUUCACCUGAUUUCAUUCUAGUUUUGUCAUAUACUGGAUAAUUACACAAGUCCUUGUCUAUUUUAGUAACUGCCGACAGCAAAACAAUCACAAUCUUUGACAUCUUCCUAAAUAUGAAAAAUUAUCACGGAGUACUUCUUGUUCAAAAUAUGAUGCCCCAACCAAUAAUUAUAUUCAUGUUACUUCUUCUGUGAGACGUGGAAGCACUCUCUGUAUCAAUCAUUCUCCUGCAUGGAAUAUAGGUCAUAGCUUGAUUCCACUAUCCUACCUGCCACUGUGGACCAUUCGCUGUCCAAGACUUUGACAAUCCGGUCGUCUGAAUUGCUAAUCAAUCUCAAGAUAUUCGCAAAUAAGUGUUUUGGUCUGAGGACCUCUUCAUAAUCUCUUUGGAACCCAAAUGGAUACCUCCACAUUCUGUGCUGGUUGCAAUAUACAACAAUAAAAAUAUAAAUAAACAUUGAAACAAAUUCUAGAGAUCAACGUAAGAAAUGAAUUCAUCCUUUCCAAUACUUUUGCAUACAUUUUUUCUAAAACAUCAUUCUGUCACACCUAGAACUGAUAGAGUGGUUGGGAUUGAUGGUCAACAAACUAUAUUCGGUUCCACUAAUAAUUUUAUGAUGAGUCCCUCGCCAGAUAAAUGGAGAUGGUUAAAAAUGUUCCAUCCUGUUCUACCUAUAAUCUGCCUAUCUAAGUUCUCUGAGGAUCAGGAAUUCGAGAACACCCACAAAUAGUUGCCAGGAGCAGCAAAUCUGAAUAGUUAAAAUAUAUAAAGUCAGUUGCAGUGAGUUGCUCCUGAGUAAGCUUCUGAGACGAGACUCGGAAGUAGGGGACAUAGAGCAAGACAAAGCAGUAGGCACGUGUCUAAGAACUUGCAUCGACCCUAAAGCUUACAAGGUUCUGGUGGUGAACCAAAUCAGGAACUCUAUUAACUUUGGACCAACACCCCACCUGGGGUUACACGGGAAUGUUUUCACAACAUUGAACAUUAAAAAAUAGAAGCAAUGAGUUUUACUAAAUGUAUCCUGAUAUCUUAAAAUGACUCUGUUACCUAAAGAGUAUUAUGUAAUGAUAUAAAAUAUAUGGGUCCAGAGUGACCAACUGUGGCCACUCUGCUCUUGUUGAACUACACUUCCCAGAGUGCUCUGCCAGCUCAGAUCUAUAUAUUUUCAGCAUUAGGGCACUGACUGUCAAAUCUACAAAUGUCCAGCAACAUAGUAUACAUGUGCUGGAAUACAGUUUCUUAUGGAAUGUUUCCUUACCCCUAGUUCCGAUCACAAACAACCAACGUUCUUCUGCAGACUUACCUAUUGAUGAUACUGUCACAUGGCUUCACAGUCAAACAGUCUGCUGUGAAAUAUGAUAAAUAAUCCAUUCCUGAAAACAGCGAGUUCAAAUCCCUUUAUAGCAUGACUGUGCUCGGAAGCCAUCUGUCAUCCAGGGGUUAAAUGAAAUAAGAUGUCAAACUUGAAUUCCAUUUAUAGUGGACCUAGUAACUGACACCCUAUUGCUUUAUUUUAAUGUUCAAUCUGGAGUAGCUUCCAAAUUUUGCAUUCUAAAAAUCUUGGUAACAUUGUGUAGGUGGAACCGGCAGUCACAAUGCGCAGCUGUGAUCAUACGUGGAUCUGAUGGUCAACUAAACAAAUGGGUCUUUUCACUAAACAACAAAUACAUGUUGUACACCAUUCACAGUGUACUAAAAUGGUUGGCUAUUUUAGCUUAAAUGGGCACUCUAGGACCCUAAACACUUCAGUGUCCUUUUUUUUUUCUUUCAUUUUACAAAGAAUUUCAAUAGAAUCUGCACUUUUAUAAGUUAAACACACCCUGACAUUCAGUCAUGUUACUUCCUGGUUUGUUUAGCUCAGUGGAACUCCUGCCUUGCAAAGACUCACUGGGCUGUAUUGGGAAGUCUGUGAUUGGACAGCCACAGAAAGUUUGGGCGGGGUUAGAAGGGGAGGGCUUGGAAGACAAGAGAUUUGCAGCUUUUACAAGCAGUUUUUAGAUGUACCCUUUGGAACAAAAAUACAUAUUUAAAUGCAUGCAUGUUUCCAUUGGCAUAUUUACUAAACAGUGAUUGUAUGAGUUUUAACUUGGGCAGUAGAGUGUCCCUUUAAAUUUUUUAAAUUUAGUUUACAACUUACCACAAUUUGGUGUUUGGUAAAUAUACCUCAUAGUUUCAGAAAGCCACUUUAAAGUAACAUUCAGGUGGGGUACAGAAAUAAAUAGACGAUACACAUUAUCUUUACAUUUGUAGCAAAAAGACAAUACUAACUAUGUUGUACCUGCUUAAAUUAUUUUAUGGGCUCUUAUUCAUUAUAACCUAAUAUUUAUUUUCUUUUUUUUUUUAAUCUUCCUUUAAUCGGUAUAUGUACGCAAUCUUUGUGCUAUUUUAUGUUUUGUUAACUAAACGUUGGAUUUGAAGUACAACAUAUAAAUGUGGUUUAUCUGAAAUUGUUCUGAUUUCUUCACUCCCAGGGUACAUAUAACCCCUUGAGACAUAGAUGUACCAGAAAGACCUUGGUCACUGUCUGACGUCCCCUAAAUUUUGAUGUCGUUUUCCAUGAUGCCUGAGUGAAAUGAAGGGCUUUUUAUAUGUUGUUUAAAUGUCACAGGUGGCUAAAUUUGGAUUGUGAGUCAGAUAAGAUGACUCAGAUAUUUCUCCAGAGGUACGUCUUGGCACAGUUUGGAUACAAUACACAACUCCCAAAUAAAUGACAGGCUGUUAUAUGUAGCACUCAAAAUUGCGUGAGAUGUCUACACAAUCUCCUCUCAUUUCUAGAUACAAAACCCAUGCACACGCACAUACAUCUAAACCUAUAGGGGUGCCCUGAGUUUAUUCACAACUAGUGUCAUUUAGUGCACAGUAGCUAAACUGGAAAAAUAAGCCAGUCGCAGGUUUGUUACAGGCUAACGUUUUAAUCCAUGUUUUGUAAGCGGGUUAUUAAAUAACCAUGAUUUACUGUUUAUUGAAUAAGCAUCUAAAUACAUGUAACAAUAUUUGAAGAUCUGCUUCUGUGUCUGUCUGCUUCUUCAUUGCCUAAUUAUUCUAAUUAUAUUACACAUACAGAUUGCCCGGGCCUAAUUAUAAGGGAAAAUAUCACUACAGAGAGCAGGGCUGGAGUCUGACCACGUUACACUCAUUAAAAUAUAACUAAAAAUCGAGUUUAAACUGGCUAUAAUCUAAUGACCCAAUGUAUAAUUCUAUACAAUAUUGGAGACUAUAAAUAUGAAAAUAAUUGACAGUAAGUUGCUUCUGUUGAGGGUUGGGGGAGCAUUUAGGGAUAUAUUGAUUAAACAGUAAAUUAUGCUUUUUGUUGUUGUUUUUUUUAUUAAUUAUUACAACGUUAUUUCUUUUUUUCCAUUUCAAAAUCAGUAAUUUUCACCUAAAUAGAAAUGCAAUUCCCUGUUUGUGAAAUAAAAUGUUCUGCCAUCUCUAAGGUGAUUCUGCCUCCAGUUAUAAAAGCACCAAUUUCUAUUGAUUUCUAUUCUAUUGAAAUCGGCAUUUUUAUAGACGGUCACAAAUACGACAACCUCCACACACUUUAGCAAGAUGUAAUGCUUUGUGUCUGGAGUGAUCCUGUAAAUCCUGCAUUUUGCCUUCUUUUUUCACAUGUACAUGUACAAGGCAAAGUAGUCCCAUUAUAUCUUAUAUAUAUAUAUAUUUAGCAUUUUUUUUUAAAUAAACAUUCUGUGUGAAUAAUACAUGCUCCUCCCGCUGUUUGAGAGUCUCCUUCAAUCAACUCUUAAUUCCCUUUAUUUUUUACCAAUAGCUGCAACUCUCUCUUAACUUCUUUUAGCCAUCAAUUCCAAAUUGCUCCCGCUACCUCUUGUCUCAAAUCCCCUCUGUAUCCUUUAGAUCAGUGGUUCCCAACAGUCCAGGGAUUACCAAGUUGUGUCUAAAGAGUUUUUAGAAGAAGGAAAAAAAAACACUUUAGACCCAACUGGGUAAUCCCUAAAUCCUGGACUGGUAGGGGGUACUUGAUGACUGGGUUGGUAACCACUGCUUUAGAUUGUAGGCUCACGGGCUAUCUAGCUAAGCACUUUGUACAAAAGAGGUUCAAUGGUUAGAUCUCAGCUUACGAGCAGGGCCCUCUCUACCUUUUGUAUUUGUCUGUGUAUAUUGUACGUUCUCCCCUAAUUGUACAGCGCUGUAGAAUACGUUGGCGCUUUAUCAGUACCAGUAAUAAAUAAAUAAGAAAACUGAGUUGUGACACAUCUGCUUUAAGUAGCAGAUAGUGGUCAGAGCCAGAUUGUUGCCACUGCUUUAAAUGUAUUGGUCAUUCAUGAGUUAAUGUCAAGAGAUUGACAUAAGCUCCGCAGGAGAACAGAGGUUGUAAGAAGGUGUCUGUUCCUUCCUGAGUCUCACAUCUGCCAGUGUAUAAAUGGUCAUACUCACUGAGACAUGCGCGAGCCAGCAAUCCUUAUCUACAGAGCCAGACAACCUGUUAUACAAUGUAUACUGCGCAGCACAGACUGUCCUAUCACUUGAAUCAAUCAGUAUCCUAUGGCGGAGAUUUAUAAUACUAUUACUAACAGAAAUAUUGAGCAAAAUUCUCAGAGGAGCAAUUGCCAUAGAAACCAUUAGAAUGUUCCUUCUUGACAACUUUACUCCACUUUCAUAGGUCUUCGUCAAUGUACACAGAUGUUUGACUUGUAAUCUAUAGGGAAAAGAAACACAUAAUCUAUAGUUAGCGUGAAUUUCUUGGUUACCCCUCUCCUCCCCCGUAAGGAAAGAUCAAAGUGGAUUUUAAUGUAAAUAAUCUUAUUGGAUAAUCUGUUGUAAUCAUGGAUUGAAACCACGUGGAGUUUCUGUUUUUAAUGUUUUCUGUUUUUUAAUGUUUUUAA